CGCGUGAGGCGGGUGAUGAAAGCAACGUCACGGCUGUGAGCUUUUGAACGCAGACGAAGACUCGCAAAUACUCAACAACAGCAACAGCACACGAUGACCGCAAACCCACUCCCCCCCUCCCUCACCGCUGUCCACAGCGCUCUUAUGGCUCAAAACUCGCAAAACACAGGGAAGGCCGUCCUCGCAAGGCCCUCGCUCGUCGCCCAGAUGCCCUCGCAAACCUCAACACCCGGCACUCCCGCCAUACUCACCCCAACCGUGUCAGAAAGCUCCUUCUGUGUCCUGCCCGAAAUAGACUCGCUAUCCGGUCUGCCUCACAACCUCCAACAGAUUCUGCGGAAUUUGCCGUUUUUCCCACGCGACGCCAUAAACGCUGAGGUUGUCAGUUCGGGCAUACUUGACGAGUUUCUGACCGAACUCUCGAAUGUGGUGCAUGUUAGGAGUUUUUGUGCUGGGGAUGUGAUUACUCAGGAGGGGGAGAAGGCGAGAGCAAUGUUUUUUCUCAUUAAGGGGAUCGUGAAAGUUAUCAGUGAGGAUGGUGAAAUAAAUUUUGCGGAGCUGAGACCUGGUAGUUAUUUCGGGGAAAUCGGGGUACUAUUGAACAUGAAACGAACGGCAACAGUAGCCGCCAAAACCAAAUGCGCGUUGGCCAUCGUCACCUCCGAGAAUCUGCAGUGCAAACUGCAAAAGUACCCGCAGAUAGCAGAAAUAAUACGAGGGCAAGCGAAUCAGAGACUGGAAGAGACACGGGCAAAGCAGGAAAAAGCGGGGAUACGGCCGGAAGCGAGGAGUUCGGAAAAUUCGGCAGAAUCCUUGAAGUUUGAACGAAGCGGAUCGUUGCGGGAGCUAUCGGCAUCACGAGCAGCAUCGCGGCGCCAGUCCGGCGAUUGCAUCGGCAUUGUCGGAGUAGACACCGCCAGGCCGCUACAGCAAAAGCAAGGCCUUGGAUCCUGCGACGACUUCUCCAUCUCCCCCAUCAUGAUAUCGGAAGAUCUGCCCGAUUUGCAGCCUGCACACAGCGGGGUCCAACCCCCGAGCGAGCCGACGGAAUCUGCGUCGGAGGGGCUGGGCACUUUACCGUCCAACAUGGCGGCGAAUUUCGCGAACCGGUAUGGUGGACGCCGGAGAGCGUCUGUCGCGGUGUGGUCCGACGACCGGUUGAUGCAGUUCGCUCAAUCCGCGAAUGACCGGCACGAGGUGUGUGAGAAACACGUCGCGAAAGUGUCCUCGAUCUUAACGCAGGGCAGCACAACCGCAAUAGGCAUGGACAUCUCCCCCGCACUUUCCUCGUCACCAUCACCGAACACAUCUCAGGAGUACGGCAUCCUCGGCCGGGAAAUCAUGACCCGCAUUCUCGGGUACCUCAACUUCCGGGCGCGGAUGCGGAUCCGUCUCGUGAGCAUGCAGCUGCUCCGCCUGCUCCUCGACCCGCGCGCGCAACUCACCACCGACGUCGAUUUAUCACCGUGGCAUAAACGCAUCGACGAUAAGGUGAUUGGCAACGUCGUAUGCUUUUGCGGGCAGACUGUCCGUAGCUUGAGUCUGAGGAACUGUUGGAGCGUGUCUGAUAAAGGGCUCGCUGCGAUCGCUCACUAUGCCGGGUCCGGCCUGGAAACGCUGUCGCUGAACAGCGUAUGGGAUAUAACCGACGCAGGCUUGGCGAGCAUGGCGCGGAUGUGCGUGCAGCUGCAAACACUGGAUCUGAGCAACUGCAGGAAACUGAGCGACUCCGGCGUGCUCAGCGUUCUGGACGCGUGUCCCAAAAUCGAGUGUCUGACGCUAUCCUACUGCAAGUUCCUCUCAGAUAAAGUGCUGAAACACGUCAAAUGGAAGGCUCUAAAACGUCUCAACCUCCAGCGAUGUACGGGGAUCCGCGACGACGGGUUCGCCAACUGGGUCGCGAUCGCCUCCCAACCCUCCCCCGACGAAACAACCAAACAAGACGGGAACCCCACAACAACCGACGGCAGCGACAACGAAGACGACACAACAACAUCCCAAACCCAACUCGCCUCCCAACGCUGCUUCUCCAUGCAACUCGACCCCGACCGCAUGAUAAACGACGAAGAGUCCCGUUGGGGAACCCCUUCCCCGCUCACCGCCUCCCCUGUCCCAAUAACGGGGUUCGCACUCCAAGAACUCGUCCUCUCAGACUGCUCCUUCCUCACCGACACAACCGUCACCUCCGUCGCGGCAUCCUGCCAUCGACUCCAAUACCUCUCUCUCUCCUUCUGUUGCGCGGUCACGGAGGACUUUGCCGAUAAAUUAGUCAAAGGGUGCCCGGACCUGCGCGCACUGGAUAUGUCCUUCUGCGGAACAGCAGUCACCGACGCCAACCUCCUCAAACUCGCCCAGGGCCUACGCGCACUCGAGCGUCUCUCCAUCCGCGGCUGCAUCCAAGUAACCGAGCGCGGGAUCAUGUAUCUCGCUAGGUACGCGCGGUGUCUGCGGAUGCUGAAUGUGAGCCAGUGUAAGAAUGUGACGGAGGAGAGUGUGAGAAGGACGGGGAAGGGGUGGCGGUUGUUGACGUGUCAGGGGUUGGUGGAUGUGGAUGAGGCGGAUUUCAGGAACGCGGAGCGGGGGAAGAGGGGGGGACGGAGGGAACGGGCUAGGGCUUCUACUGCUUGAGGGGGGGGGCACGAGAUUG